AUGCUACGAGCAGCUCCCGAGACGAAACUCUCGACACAAAUUUCGCCAUGCAGAACGGCUGGUCCAAGUACCCUUCAAACCGUCAUUCCGCUCCAGGGCAUGGCUGCCAAAGCGACAUAUCUCAGAUGGACCCCAAACUCGGCAUCGCGGAUCCCCUCCAACGGUAUCCAAUGCCUUUCCCCACACUCGUCCUUGACCAAACCACGCCAGAUCAUGUCUCGUUGCCGCGACCCAAUAAGACGUCGCAAGGCAUCUAGGCGAAAUUGA